AUGAGAUAGUAAUUAAAGGCUCUAAAAGAACUUCAAGAAGGUAAAAUCUAAAUAAUCUCAAGAUCUAAGUUUGAUUGAAACAUAAAAAUAUGAAAAGGCCAUAUCAUUUAUUGAUAAGAAACUUGAGAAUAAUGAAAAGGAUGGAGUACUUUAUUAUCAGAAAGGUACUCAAUUAAAAUUAUUAUUGAAAGGAGUGAUACUUUUUUAAAAAGACGAUUAUCAAUAGGCAAUAGAGUAUUUUAUAAAAGCAUUAGAUUAUGAUGUGGGAAAUAAUAUUAUUAUAUACAACCUAGGUAUUUUAAUUUUGAGAAUUAUAGGGAUCUCUUAUAAAGCUAUUGGUAAUUUUUAGGAAGCAUUAAAUUAGUUUAAUAAAAGUUUGAGUAUUCAUCCAAAUAACAAUAAAGUACUGUUUUUAAAGGGUAAAAAGAAUUAAAUAAUUAGGGGAUACAUUAAGAUAGAUGAAAAGAUUUGAAGAAGCUGAAACUAUUUUGUCUGAACUAUAUUAAAUUGAUAAUAAUAAUGGUUAAGUUAUUUCUGGAUUAAUUGAAUUAAAAUUGGAUUAGAAUCUAAUCAGUGAUGCUUAAUUCUAUGCAGAAAAAUUAGAAUCUUUGAAGGAAAUUGAUAUUGAGCUUUUGAUCUAAAUUGGUAAUUAAAAAAAAUAAAUAUAAUAGCAUAAAGAUUGAUAUUAUCAAAGUUGGAAUAAUAGGCUUUGAAAGUACUUAACCUAAUUCUAUCUCAUGAUAAUUAGAUAAUAGAGGCUUGGUAUAGUUUUGGAAUUCUAUAAUAUAAUUUAGAUUAAUUUACUGAAGCUUUGAAAUCUUUUGAAAAAGUAAUUGAAUUAGAUUCCUCAAAUACUUCUGCAAUGCUUUAUUUAGCUUUAUCUUUUGGAUAAUUGAAUAGGUAUCAAGAUGCUGUAUAAAUAUUUGGGUAAUUAUUGUAAAUAAAUCCAAAAGAUGCAGCAAUUUGGAAUAAUAAGGGUAUUGCUUGCAAAGAAUUGAAAUAAUUUCAACCAGCAUUAACUUGCUUUAAUUAGGCUUUAUUGAUAAAUCCAUCAAAUCCUCUUUAUAAAAUUAAUAAAGCUUUAUUGAUGAUUGAAAUCAAUAAAGCAGAAGGUUUAAGAUUACUUUAAGAAGCUAAGGAUUCUUUUAAUUCAGAUUUACUACUAGAAAAUAAUUAAGUGUUUACAUCUACUAAUAUCAAGUAUAUGUAAGAAUAAUUUUAAUUGUUGGAACAAAGUGGAAAAGAUUCUAAAUUAUUAGAUGACUAUACAAUAGUUUAAACAAAAAAUAUAGAUAGAAAGCUAAGUGAUUAACGAUUUUAAUCAGCUCAAAAAUAAGUUGUAAGACUUCCUACAGAAGAAGUUUAAAGUGAAAUUUUUAAUAAUUAAGAUUAAAAAAAAGAAAUGAAUGGCAGUUGCAUUCAAUAGAGUUGCUUAAUUUAAGCUAAUAGUAGUGAUUUAAUUUAAAUAGAAAAUACUCUAAUUGGAGGAUAAUAAGGAAGUUUUAAAAAAAAAAAUACAAAAUAUAAAAUUGAAUAACUAACAAAUUUAUAUCAAUAAUUAAAUUAACAAAUUAAUACAAUAUAGUAAUAGAUAUAAUUGGUUGGAUUAGACAAAAGAGCUUCAAUUCAUAAAUAGUUAUAAGAAUUUUAAAAAAGUGCUGAAGGGCUGAAUUAAUUAGCAUUUUAUAAAGCAUUUUUCUGGACUCUUUUUAAUUAUAUAUCAGCUUAUGCAAAUUAGAGUACUGGGCUCUUUCAACAUAAUACUAAUCAAACCAUUGAAACAGCAACAGAAAAAACUGUUGAUAAUUUAGAAACUGGUUUAGCUAUUGGAGUCAAAAUAUCAGCAUCAAUUCCAUUAGUAAAUACUAUUUUAUCUACUAUUCAUUCAGCUAUUUAAACUACUUUCAAAAUACAUAAAGACAAUAAACAUUAAGAUAGAAUCGAAGCUAUAAACGAAAUCAUCUAAAAAAAAAUUAUUGGAAUUAGUGAUUUAGAAUUAUAAAUAUCUAUUGCAGCUCUUGAACUUUCUAUAAAAAAAAAAGAUACAAUUAAAAAUUUAGAGUAAAUAGAAAGGAAAUAACCAAAAACUUUUUAAGAAGAAAUGAAUAAGAUUAUCAAUCGAAUGAUAGAUUCUAAAUCAUCUCUAUACUAAGGUGGAGCUAGUCAAAUUGGUUUAGAAGAUGCUCUAUAUUGUUUAGGCUAUUAUUAUUAAAAUGGAUUAAUAGAUUAAGAUGAAGAACUCUCUUAGUAAAUUAUAUCCAUAAUUAUUGAAAAAAAAUAUGUUUAUCAUAAAACUGAAAUCACUGAUUCAAGAGAUUGCUUAUCUUGUAUUUGCUAAAUCUAAUGA